AAUAGAUUGUUACUUGAAAAUACAGACAAGUAUCGUAAUAUAGUAAUCAUUGAUACAGUGUCACAGUUGGUCCAUUGCACCUUUUUCUAUAAUAAAUCUGCUCUCUCUCUCUCUUCAGCUGAAACCAAUAAACUCCUUUACAGCCCAAAGUAAGAGGGUUAAGAGGAAGAAGAAGAAGAAGAAGAAAAGAUAAAGCAAAGCAAAAAUAAGGAUGAAAAUGGGAGCUCAUUUUCCAACUCUAAAGCUACAGCUUCUACUUCCCAUCUUCACCUUCUUUUCUUUCGCUGUCUUUGCAGCCGCCGCCGCCGCUAAGCUUCACCCAGUUGAAGGAUUGAAGGAUUGUUUGUUUUGCGCAGUGAAGGCAUUGAAGGAUAUAGGGAAGAGGCUGGGGAAGAAGGAUUGGGAUUUUGGAGUGGAUCCGUGCAGUGGAAAAGGGAAUUGGAGAGUUUUGGAUGAGAGGAAAGGGUUUGAAAGCAGUGUCACUUGUAAUUGCAGCUUCAAUCACAAUUCCACUUGCCAUGUAUGCCUUAAAGGCUCAGAAUCUAUCUGGAAUUGUUCCACCAGAAUUUUCCAAGUUUCGUUACCUUGAACUACUGGACCUCAGUCGCAACUGCCUCACUGGUUCCAUACCUUCCCAAUGGGCUACUAUGCGCUUAGUCGAUCUCUCUUUUAUGGGGAAUCGACUGUCUGGUCCAUUUCCAAAAGUUCUCGCCAAUAUCACCACCCUCAAGAACCUGAGCAUUGAGGGAAAUAAAUUGUCAGGACCCAUUCCACCAGAGAUUGGAAAAUUGGUCAAGUUACAGAAAAUUAUCAUUUCAUCAAAUGCAUUCACAGGAAAAAUACCCACAGAGCUUUCCAAGUUGGCACACUUGACUGAUUUGAGAAUAAGUGAUAAUAAUUUCUCAGGAAAGAUACCAGGUUUCAUCAGCAAAUUGACACAAAUUCAGAAACUGCACAUACAGGGUUGCUCACUCGAGGGACCUAUACCUACCAGCAUUUCUUCAUUGACCAGCUUAGCUGAUCUGCGGAUUAGUGAUCUGAUAGGAAAAGGUUCAACUUUCCCACCUCUGAGUGAUAUGGAAUCCAUGAAGACAUUGAUAUUAAGGAAUUGCAUGCUAUCAGGAGAGAUCCCAGAAUAUAUUGGGAACAUGAAAAAACUGAAAAAUCUAGAUCUCAGCUUCAAUAACCUGGCUGGAGGAAUUCCCACGACAUUUUCCCAAUUGGAAAAAGUAGACUUUGUGUACUUGACUGGAAACAAGCUCACUGGAUCAGUACCUCAAUGGAUCCUUGAAAGGAACAAGAAUGUGGAUGUUUCUGAUAACAACUUCACAUGGGGAAGCUCAGGUCCAAUUGAAUGUCCUCAAGGGAGUGUGAACUUAGUGGAGAGUUACUCUUCAUCAGCAAACAAAUUAAGUAAAGUCCACCCAUGCCUGAAACAGGACUUCCCUUGUUCUUCAAGUAAACAUCAUUACUCCUUGCAUAUUAACUGUGGUGGUAAAGAGAUAGUUGCCAGUGGUAACACCACAUUCCAAGCUGAUUUAGAACCAAGAGGUGCUUCUAUGUUUCACUCAAGUCAGUCUUGGGCCUUCAGCAGCACUGGGAGCUUCAUGGAUAAUGACAAAGAUGCUGAUUCCUAUAUUCAGACCAAUACUUCUGCUAUAUUUAAUGUUUCUGCGCUUGAUGCACAACUCUACACCAAAGCCCGUGUUUCUCCUCUCUCGCUCACUUACUAUGGACUUUGCCUUCUCAAUGGAAAUUAUACUGUAAAGCUUCACUUUGCAGAGAUUGUUUUCACAAAUGACACUUCAUUUAAUAGCCUUGGGAAGCGUUUAUUUGAUGUUUAUAUCCAGGGAAAGUUGGUGCUGAAAGAUUUAAACAUUGCAGAAGAGGCUGGUGGCGUUGGUAGGCCAAUUGUAAAGAAAUUUACUGUGGCUGUAACAAGCCACACGCUAAAGAUUCACUUUUAUUGGGCUGGAAGAGGGACAACAGGCAUACCAGUUAGAGGAAUUUAUGGCCCUCUUGUAUCAGCUAUAUCAGUUGAUCCAAACUUCAAACCACCUUCAGAUAAUGACAGGCAAAAAGUCAUGAUAGUGGCUGGCACUGUGGCUGCUACCUUAUUUCUUGUUCUUCUGUUCCUGUGUAUCAUGUGGAGGAAAGGCUGUCUAGGAGCGAAAGUCUCUGAAGAUAAAGAGCUGAGAGGUCUAGAUCUGCAGACAGGAAUAUUCACUCUAAAACAAAUAAAAGCUGCCACUAAGAACUUUGAUGCAGAAAAUAAAGUUGGAGAGGGUGGUUUUGGCUCAGUUUACAAGGGUCUACUAGCAGAUGGAACUAUAAUUGCAGUAAAGCAGCUCUCCUCAAAGUCUAAGCAAGGUAACCGUGAGUUUGUGAAUGAAAUAGGCAUGAUAUCUGCUCUGCAACAUCCUAAUCUUGUAAAGCUAUAUGGAUGCUGCGUUGAGGGAAACCAGUUGAUGCUCAUAUAUGAGUACAUGGAAAAUAACUGCCUAUCCCGUGCUCUUUUUGGGAAGAAUUCGACAAGCAGGCUAAAACUGGACUGGCCUACCAGGAAAAAAAUUUGUCUCGGUGUAGCUAGGGGUUUGGCAUACCUUCAUGAAGAGUCGAGAAUAAAAAUUGUGCACAGGGAUAUCAAGACAAGCAAUGUGUUGCUUGAUAAGGAUCUGAAUGCAAAAAUUUCAGAUUUUGGUUUGGCUAAGCUAAAUGAAGAUGAGAAUACCCACAUUAGCACCCGGAUUGCUGGAACUAUUGGCUAUAUGGCUCCUGAGUAUGCAAUGCGUGGCUACUUAACUAACAAAGCAGACGUUUACAGCUUUGGAGUUGUUGCGUUGGAAAUCGUCAGCGGCAAGAGCAACACAAAUUACAGGCCAAAGGAGGAAUUCGUUUACCUUCUUGAUUGGGCUUAUGUUUUGCAAGAGAGAGGAAGUCUGCUGGAGCUGGUUGAUCCAGAGUUGGGAUCAGCCUAUUCAUCAGAGGAAGCAAUGGUGAUGCUAAAUGUAGCACUCUUGUGUACCAAUGCAUCUCCAACACUGAGGCCUACAAUGUCUCAAGUUGUGAGCAUGCUUGAAGGUCGAACCGCGGUUCAGGAUCUUCUUUCUGAUCCUGGGUUUUCAGCCAUCAACUCAAAAUACAAGGCCAUCAGAAACCACUUCUGGCAGAACCCAAGCAACAACCAUAGCCUCUCUUCAAAUGGUCCUUGUACGGAUUCCUCAAGUUCAUAUAUAGACAUUGAAGAGGCUGAUCGUAUUCUAAGAGUUAGUUUAGCAGAAUCCUAUUUAAAUUCCCACGUAGAAACAGAUGAGACUACCAAUCUUUUAAAGGUUCAUUCUGUAAACUCCAAUUAGUUGUUAAUCUUGUAUAACUUUAUAAUUGUAUAGUGGCAAUGGAAAAAGUUCCACUGUUAUAUGGUC